AUGCCUCGGGUGCAGGGCGAGGCAGGAGUGACAUUCCAGAACUGGGCCGGCACCUAUGGAUGCUCUCCCGAGCUUUUCUUCCGGCCCCGCUCGGUGCAGGAGAUCCAAGAGAUCCUGGACGUGGCUCGGCGGCGGGGCCGGCGGGUGAAGGUGGUCGGGGGCGGCCACUCCCCCUCCGACAUCGCCUGCACCGAGGGCUUCCUCCUGCACCUCGGCCACAUGAACAGCGUCCUCCAGGUGGACCGGGAGAAGCGUCAGGUGACGGUGGAGGGCGGGAUCCUCCUGUCCCACCUCAACGAGGCCCUGGACGAGCUCGGGAUGGCCCUGCCCAACCUAGGGGCGGUGUCGGAGGUGACGGCGGGCGGAGUGAUCGGCACCGGCACCCACAACACCGGCAUCGCCCACGGCAUCCUGCCCACCACGGUGGUGGCCGUGACGCUCCUCACGGCCUCGGGGGACAUCCUGGAAUGCUCGGAAUUGCGGAACUCGGAGCUUUUCCCGGCGGCGCGGCUGCACCUGGGCUGCCUGGGCGUGGUGCUGAGCGUCACCUUCCAGUGCGUGCCCGCCUUCCAGCUGCGAGAGCUCGCCUUUCCCGGCUCCCUGCCCCAG